AUGGCACCUGAUGAUGAAAGUAUACUACUUGAGUUAAGAGGAUACUUUCGUCCUUCUUACACAGGUAAAUUAUACUUCGAAAACAAUCUUUAUCCAGUUUUAGGUUGUGAUGGUGCAUACGCAUAUCAGUCAAUUACAAAUUAUUGGUCCAUAAGAGAAAACGUAUUUGUUAACGAGACCAGUGAUGGCACAUUAUGUACGCAUAACCUGUCCGUUCCAUUUUAUUCGCCUUCAUCAUUAUUCAGAACUAGUUCAGCCACCAAAAAUAGCAUAGCAGGUAAUACAAUGUUGAUGGGUGAUGGUUUUUACAAAGAUAUAUACUACUCUUUUAAGAUGCUAGUCAUUGUGAAUGGUGACGCUUUAAACUCAAGAUCCGAUACGUACAUUGAGGAUGAAAAUGGGAAGCAUUAUGUUCAGUUUGAUAGUAAUACUAUCUUUUAUGAUCCACAUGAAAAUUUUGAAGCUGAUGAUGCGAACUAUUCGCUGACGUUCCCAGGGAAUUGUCCAGCUUUGGAUGGUGAGGAAUUUGUAGAUGAUAUUAUUGUUCCUCCUACGGAGGAGGUCCCCGAUGAGUGUCCGGUAUCAUCAUCUUCUGUGGUUAGUUCAUCGGCUACUAGUAGUUUAGAAUCCUCAAGCACCGUUGAAUCUAGUAGUAUUUUACCAAGUGCUACCGAGUCUAGUAGUUUAGAAUUAUCCAGUACCGCUGAAUCGAGUAGUAUUAUUUCUAGCAGCUUCGAAUCCAGUAGUGUCGUUUCUAGCACUGUUACGUCAAGUACCAUUGAGCCUAGUAGCAUUGUUUCCAGCACUACCGAUUUAAGUAGUGUGGUUUCAAGUGAAAGUGAUCCCUCGAGUAGUUCAACCAUUUCAAGUAAGCCAGUUGAAUCUUCAAGUGAUAGCCAAAGCAUUCAAACAAGUUCAUUUUCUGAAUCUGAAUCUGAAAGAGUAACUAUUUCUUCUUUACCUGUCAGUCACAGUAGUAGCUCUUAUGUUAGUAUUGAAACAUUAUCUUCUUCAGACUCAACUAUUUCUGUUACUAUAGACUCAUCCUCCCAAAUAACAUCCGAUAUUUACUCUUCCAGUGUUGUUGAUUCACAAAUAUCGUCUGAGGAUAUUGCUACCUCGACUAUAUCCUAUACCAAUAUGACAGAAUCUUCAAGUAUUACUCAUGUGUCGUCUAGUGAACAAACUGAUUUCAUUUCCUCUACCACUGAAGAACGCUACAGUUCUUCAAGUGAUGCAAUUAUUGAGAAGCCGACAAUAGCAACUACAACAUCUAAGUCAUAUAAUUCCAAAUCUUCAACCGUCCGCAAUCAGCAUUUAUCUAACUCGUAUCUAACGGUUACAACUACUGAUAGUUCAGGUAUGACAAUCACAUAUACUGAAUGUCCUGUAUGCAGUUCGCAAUCAAAUUCGUUAUCCAAACAGAUUACCACCCUUUCAAGCACAACAAAUAACAAACAGACAAAUAUUGUUUCAACAAUAUCGGCACACACAGAUGAACAUGAUACCAUCAGAACAAAAUCAUCCAUAUCAUCUUGUGAAACAUGUACUAUCUCACAACUACCUGUAUCGGCAGAAGUAGGACAAAGUACCGAAGCUAUUUUAUCUGUACAACUAGGUGAAGCUAACAAGGUAUCGUUUGAAGCAUUUGUGACAGGCUUUAUAUUUGUUGUAGCAUUUUUAUAA